AUGAACUCGGCAAAUGAGCUGCUCACUCUUGCUUUCCAUAAGAUCGUCUGGUUGAUCUUCUCGAUCGCUGUUGGAUCCUCGAGAGAAGAAGCGCUCACCAUCUCCCUAGUCUGCAAAGCAGCACGAAAGCUCGCUAUUCCCUUCGUUUUCUCGACCUUCAGAAGAUGGCCUCCGAGGAAGAUAGCCCGCUGGCCCGCAGCGUUGUUCGAUGUCGCGGUGUUCCCCAACGUUGCUCGCAGCGACGAGAAAAAAUCGCUUUUUGCACUGGUGCACAACAUAUGCCUAUGCGACGCUCAAACCGAUACUUCCUUAUUCAAACUCGUCCUCAAUUGGUGCCGCAACAUCAGCAAUCUCUGUGUCUCCGAAUACGCCCUCGACUCUUUGGUGCGCUGGAAGGGUCACGCUCUCCCUAAUCUGGACAUCAGCCUGCGACAACUCCCCUAUGUGCAGAGCAUAUAUAGCCCUUCAUCCAGGUAUCGCACGUAUCCGGUCGCGAAUGCGGUGACGCAUCUCCGCCUUCCCGGAAUACCUUUCAACGUCGGGUCCAGAGUCCCCCGCUUUCUUAGCUUCUUCGCCAAUGUCACGCAUGUCUCGUUCAUGGUCGAAGCGCACUCCGAUGAUAUCCUUGUUCGCGCAGUCGUCCCAGCCCGCGUGAACUCCAUUCAGUACUGGAUAUCGAAGGCCACCCUGCCCUCGCUGCAAAUGGUGGUCAUCAUCCUACCGUACUAUCGAGGCACACCUUUAUGGGACUGGUGCACUCACUAUCCACGGCCUGUGCUUGUCGAGGUGUAUCAGCACGCUAUUCGGACUGAUCCCCGAUUCUAUCUCGUUCCCGUCAAAUACGACUCGGAUUGGAAUAGGACUGCCAAUGACAUACACGACAGCUGGGAGGCAGAAUGUAUCCGUUCAUCAGUCGAAAAAUUAUCGAAUCCAACGCACGGACCCGCUUCCGGACGACGAUCAUUCCAUAACUUCGGCCCUUUCCUCCAGUCACAGGGCAAUGUCGAUACAAGUAGCGCAUCCAUGCCUACUUCGUUGACCGCUAUCACCCACGUCGUCUUUAUCUCCUCCAAUCGAGAACAGCGUGCCUUCUUGCGCUACGUGCGCGCAGGACCAGUGCCCUACGCUCUUCGUCACGCUGACAGACUGGUCGUCGUGGACGCUGGAUUUGACCAGUUGUGCAAAGAUUGGGAGGCGGAGGCCUGGGGCGCGGAGAGCGUAUGGGACGAGGCGGUCCCGAGAAUCAUUGUCCCGGAAGCGUCGUCGCUUGCGAAGACUCGUCCGAAACCGCUGGCCUCCUCUCAGUCUACACCUCGGACAUCCCGCAAACAUGAUCGUGUACCCAACGAACAGCGCCUCAAUCGCGGCGAGUUGAAGACGGCCAGGCACCUCAGGCGAUUGCCCAUCGAGCUCGUCUGGCAUAUCCUCGACCUCCUAGCGUGCAUAUCCAAACAGGACGCCCUCGCCGUCUCCCUUGUCUGCCACGAAGCCCGGCGAUAUGCCUUCCCCCGUGCUCUAUCCGUCCUCACCUGGCCUCAUGCCCGCUCUUCCAGCUCGUUCAGCUGGUCACCCGAGCGCGUACCCGCCUUUCUGUCCAACGCCCGCCACGUCUGCAUCCCGGACGCCUAUUCCUCCUCCUACGUGCACACCACCCUCUUCACCCUCUUCCCACACCUCUCCAGCAUCUACACCUGCGAGUACCUCUUCCGGAGUCCCAUGCUCUGGAACCACAUCGUGCCGCCCCCACACGCCGGCCGGCCCAGCCCGCUGCUCUCCGUCACGCUACAGGACCGGCCGAUAUCGUUCGGUGACGGAACUCACAGAUCCCCGCUCGCGCGCCACGUUGAGCGCCUUCGCCUUCCCGUGCUCUGGUUCACGCCCGUCGUGGCCACCGACAUGCCCGUGUUCCUCCGGUGCUUCCCCGCGCUCGGUUACCUCGCGCUCCCCGUCGUCCCUACGCUCGACGGCUCGGCCCGCGAUGCCAAUGUUGAGCAGCGCGUGCGUGCCGUCGUGCGCUGGGUCCGGCGCGCGGGCGUACCUUCAUUACGGAUGAUCGUGCUUGUUCUGCACCGAAAGGCGUGGAUCGCGUUGAAUAGCGGUAUGAAGCUUCACUCCAGGAAAAUGUUUGAGCGCCUUUGCGAGUUCGCGAUGGCGUUGGACGAGAGGGUUCAUCUCGUGGUUGUGGACACGGCGUGUGACGAGCUGCGGAAGGAGUGGGAAGCGGAGGCCUGGGGCGCGGAGAGCAUCUGGGACAAGGCGGCCCGUACACGGAGGGGCCUGAUGCGCCAAGCCGCAGAGAAUAACGUCAAACGUCUUCCCUAA